UGUAAAUAUUGUGAUUUGAAUUUGAAAAAGCAUAUGUUAAAAAUAAAUGUAGCAUUUUCAAAUGACUGGGAAAAAAAACUGCAAACCCCUGCAAUAAGCUUGGAUCCAGAUUUAUUCACACAGUUAUGAUGUAUAGAACUUUUACCACAAAUAAAAUAGAAACAAACAUUAUGUAUUUCUAAGAAGAAGAAGCGUUUAUUAUGAUACUGGCCAAAACUUGAAGGAAUCCUGACUUGAAUUGUGUUGUUGUUGUUAUUCCAAUGACCACACGAUGUCGCCAACGAGUCGGGAACGGGAGUUCAACAGCAGUAAUGAUGUCCAAGUAAUCCUUCCUCUGCCGUCGCUAUUUUCCUCAGUAAAGAGAACCGCUGGAUCCGCUGCAUCAUUUUAGCGUUCUCUCUUGCUUUCCAUAUCUCAACCAAGUCAGGAUUUGUUUAUACACUCGUAUAAGAUAAGGCUUCGGUGACUCAUGAUGGAUGAAAAGCGCAGAGCAUCCUGUCAGUAUGGAUCCCUGGAAUGCACGAAAUGGAAAACAGAUGUGGACCAAACAGAGGCAGAUGUGGUCUCAAUGGCGGACUCUACUACCACAGUGGGAGACAUUGAGGGGGAACUCUGUAAGAUUGAACGGAUCAGAGACAUUUUGGUCAGGAGGGAAUCUGAGCUCAGAUACAUGAUGGAUGAUAUCCAGUUAUGUAAAGAAAUUACAAGACUGAAGAAAGAGCUUCAAAAGCUUCUGUCUAUCCCAGAUAAUGACAAGUCUAAUGAAGACAAACAGAAGGAGGAAGAGUUUCUGAAACAGAUUCAUAAAUUAGUGGAGGCAAGAGACUUCCUGGUAGAUGACGUGGAGUUUGAGCGCCUCAGGGAACGGGAGGAGGACAAAGAGAUGGCUGAGUUUCUUAAGUCCAAAUUACCAAAAAGCUCUCAAACCAAGAAUGUUGGGAGGAGACCCAGAGCCCAGCAGAACACUACUCCCUUUGCAACCAAGACUGGCCUCACUUUACUGAAAGAGUGCUGUGGAUUCACCUGCUCUAUAAUGUAAAA